AUGAAAAAAAAUGCAGAUCUUUGUUUCAGUCUAUUCUGUUUCAGUGAUGACACAGCUCUUACAGCAGAAAGAUUUAUCAGUCUCAUUGACAGCAAAGUCGAGGUUCCAACGGAAUUUUCUAAGAAGCAGUCGUAUGAUUGGUUCAUUCAGUAUGUUCAGAGUGCAAGUGCUGAGCAACUGCAGUGCUUACUAAAGUUUGCAACAUCUUUCAAAACAAUCCCUCCUUAUGGUAUGGAACAUAAAAUUACCAUAAAGUAUCUCCCGGAUGAUGAUACAGCAAGUUUACCGAAAUCACUAGCUUGUUUAGCAAUCUUGAGUCUUCCAACAGUACAUUCCAGCCACAAGAAACUCAACGAAAGCAUAGAUGUUGCUUUGAAAGUCGAAAGCGAAG